GGUACGCGUCAAUGAGCUGGAGCCGCGCAGUCGCGCGCGCGCAUCGUUCCGGAGCGGAUGUGUAUUUCGCGUCGCGCGGGAGUGUCGCGAUAUCGCGGGAGAGGGGACAGGACACGCGACAGAUAUUGGUCUCUCGCGAAUCUCGCGGCCUUGGCGGGAAAUACACUCGCGAUUACAACAUAUAUAUAUAUAUAUAUAUAUAUAUAGAAUUUAGCGGUCGUGGAAAUUCCGCAAAAGAAGGGAUCAGCAUCUAGCGGUUGUGGAAAUUCCAGAAAAGAGGUACCUGCGAAUUUUUGUGCGUCUGUGUGUCUCGACCGGGGGGACGAGAGAGGUGCGAUCCGACAAAAAGUCACGGACGCGAGAUAAGGAUCCCGCGAGUGUCUCGCUCGAUUAUUAUUAUUGAAGCGACGUGAAACGCCGAAGGUUGUUGCGCGUGAUCCGUGACUCGCGGAGAAUUUCGGAGCAGAAGUUGCGCGCGCGCGCGCGCGGAAGUGUGUGUUUGCCUGCCAAAAAUCUACAUCUGUAGAGUUAUAAAAGGGACUCCUCGUGUCUUUUUGCCUGCCUUAAGUUUCCAAUUACAAGACUACCUGAAGAGAAAAUCGAGUUGCAACGCGUUUACGUGUUAAAAAAAAGAAAUAUAUAUAAUUUUAUAAAAAAAAAAAAUGUAAUUAUAUAUCUUCUGAAAAAAAUUAAUUGAAAUAUACGCACUCGCGCUCUAUGUUCAUUCUAAAUUUAAUUUUACGAGAGACGUAACGAAUAAAUCGCACGCAAAUGUGAGUGACCUGGAACUGGUUUCAUGAAAGAGAAGAAAGAAACUUGAGAUUUUGUUAGACGAGGUCGGAAAAACGCAUCUGGAAGGAAAAAAAUCUUUAUUUUUGUGAGAGAAGGUGCGAAAGCGUCAUUUCACCACGCGGUUUUAUGCGAAAAGAAGAUACGUUCAGAAAAACGUAAUCUCUUAUUUGCGACGUAGUUAGGAUCCCGCUGAUUCGACGUCUCGAGGAAACGCUCGUGAUAAUUACAAUUACUCUGAUUUACAUCGAAACGGAGUUUUCAAGACCAAGAAAUAUUAAUUGACGAGGAAAGAGAUAAAGAUAGUUCCAAAAAAACUACGCAAAAUUGGGAAAAAUUCAGGUGACUGCAUUGAACAUAAAUCCCAGCCUAUUCAUGGAGCUCAAUGUUCGACAAUCGUUUCGUUCCAUGAAGGAGAUUUACGCAUCAUCCGAAGAUAUCAGUUCGGACACAUCGUGUCGCUCAAGCGCGAAAACUCGGCCAGGUCACAUGAACUGCAACCAAAACCAUAGAUUAGAAUCCAAGAUGGGAAAUUUUGAAAUGCCAUCAUUGGUGAUAUUGCCACAAAACAUGUGGCCCCACAACUAUGUGGUCUGUGAAAACAUUGUGCGUCAGUCGAGCCGCAAAUUUAUUAGUGUCAGUAGUUGUGAGUCCGACAAUAUAAUCAAGGAAUUCGAAAAUCUGCAUGUCAACGACGACAAUAAGAAUGUCAGCAGCAAAAAUAAUGCAGACAAAGUGGAGUGUCGGAACAAGUUGCAAAAGAGCUCUUCCGACGGUAAGGAAGACGAAAACAACAAUGACAAUGUCACGAUCAACGGCAGCAAAGACAACUGCAAAGCCAACAAAUGUCUGCCGCUCAACAUCCGCGACGUCGAGAAAAUCGAACAGAAGCACGAGGACUCUUACGACUCCGAUGAUUGCAGUAACUUCGAUGACCCUGAUCUGAUCGUAAAGGGACCGAUUAGAUCGGGGUUUGAUUAUCAGCACCAGCGACGAGCUGAACCUUAUUUCUUUUCUUAUCAAAAUAACUGUACAGUAACUCCUAUAGAGGACAUUGAAAAGAGAGCCGAAGAAAUUAUGAAGAACAAGGAUUACAGCGAGAAACUGAACCCCUGUUUGGAUCAACUGUCGUUAAGCUUGAACUAUCAAAAUGGGUUGUCCAUCGGAUCAAUAGACCCUGGCCGGACUGAAGAGAAUGGCUUUUGUAGCGGAGAUCUCAGCAGUGACACAAAACUUCCCUCCAUUUUCGUCACCGAGAUGGGAACCGAAGAGUUGAUCCAGUUUAUGAAGCAGAACGGUUAUCAAUCGGUUCAAACCUGCUCGGGCACCGGUAACAACUCGAUCCCUUCGCCGAGAAGCACGUUGUCCGAUUCCCCGAAAAGCCACAUCAGCUUCGUCUCGGGAUCGAACAGUCGGGCGUCGAGUCGCGCUCAGUCGCCCGGUUCGGUGACGAACUCUUCGGGGUCGCCGCAGAUGUCCCUCAACAUCAUCGGCAGUCCGCUCGGUUCGCCGCAGGUCGCACCGACUUAUCGAGUGCCGCAGGCAUUGCUGUCUUCUUCGUCUUCCAAUCAAUCUUCGCCCUCUAAUCAAUCCUACAGCGACGUGUUCAGCCCUCUGAAUCACCAGACAUCCCCGAAUUUUCAAUUAGAGGACCAGUUCGAGAUUUUGUGCAGUGGCGACUCUUCGGGCACCAUCAACGAGACGGAACUGAAUCUCAUCGACCAGGUCAUAAAAGAUCAGGCCUUAAAUGAUCGGGUCAUCAAAGAGCUCAAAAAUAACGAGCGCAACGAGUUGAAGAACCUGGAGAAGUCAGAGGUUACCCACAAUAUCCCACAUUUUUCGUCCAGCUAUAAUAACCUGAAGCACGAGUACCUUGCGAGCAACACGCAAAGUGAGCCAAUGCGUUUUGCCCAAACGUCUUUCCUGAAUAACAGAACGAGUUACGUGAACAUGUGCACCAGCGCAGGCAAAGAAGUAAAUUCCCCGAAUUACUGCAUGCCCAACAAGUGUGUGCCUCCCAAUCUGUAUUCUCUCUCUUUCUCGAAUCAAACAUGUUACAAUACGAACAUAGAAAAUCCUCAGAUUGAUGUACUGAAGUAUCGCGAUAAUUUCUCCAAUACUGUCGUAAAUAACAACGAGAGACCCGUGAGAGCAAAACUCAUCCAGAAGAUGUUCCACGCCACAUCUAAUGAAGAGAAUCGAGCACCGACAUAUGAAUUCAAUAAUUUUCGAGUACCAAAAACGGUCUCCUCAUCUACACCUCCGCGGAGGAACCGACAAAUAUUACCAUGGAGUAUGCUGAAGUUGCCGUCCGUAAGUGCGAGCACGAGAUUAAAGCAAGAAUUGAAUGCUGAGGAAGUGGUAAGAGCUAUGCAUAGUCUUGCGAAUAUGUCCAUGGAGAUACUAACGACUCCAGAUAAGGAUGGCGAUACGGAACUGAUGCGCUUCCUGAGCGAUCCGGAGGAAUUUAAGAAAAAGAUGGCGUACCUGGUGCCAUUGAUCGAGAGAUUGGACAACACGCCGGGCGCCCUAGAAAUGAAAAACAAAAGCGGCGAAAACGCUUUGUAUCUUGCCGCCAUGAAUUAUCCGGAAAUGUCGUAUAUUUUCGGAUAUCUGGCCGCCGUAAUGAUGCAUAAAGGAAUCGAUAUCAAUAAAAAAUUAGACAAAUAUAACAAUACACUGGUGCAUUGCAUCGCAGCGCGAGGCGAUUCACACGGGGAUGUUAUGGCGGAAAUCUUGAGUUUGCUUAAGAAAAACUCCGCUUUUGAUAUAUCCAGCCCGAAUAUAUAUGGUCAAACUGCUCUUUAUAUAGCGGUCAAAGAGCAUCUUACCGGUCCGAAGAAGGUAAAGGCCUUAGUCAUGACACGUCUGCUUUUGGAGAACGGCGCGGAUCCCAAGGUCAAAGAGCUCCGAAGCGGGGACACAGUUUUACACAUUGCGAUCUCGUUGCACUGCGAUCCCGCGCUUGUCAAGAUAUUACUGAAUGCAGAUUCGACGAUUGUAAACGAGAGAAAUUACAACAACAACACGCCGUUGCAUCUGGCCGCGGGAGUUUCAACUACCGUCGAUUUGGAGAAGCAGAAGGAGGUUUGUCGGCUUCUGAUAGAAGCCGGUGGCUUAAUAAACAUACACAAUAAUCAGGGGAAGACGCCUCUGUCUCUCGUGUCGUUGGAAAGGAAGGAGAUUAUCAAGGAAAUAUUGCACCGGAAGUUAUGAUGACGAUUAAUAGUCGCACACAUAAUAGCAAUAUGGAACUCGACUGGCCAUGAAUUCUACAAGACUGAUCUCUAUAAGUGUUCGAAGAAGCAAGCAUUUAGACUGAAGAUUUUUCGUUCCGUUUGCUUACGCAACACGUAAUAUGGAUUCGCGACACGUUAUUUUUUAUAAUAAGAAAUAAUUAAUAUUCAUCUGUUACGAUAGAAAUCAGAUAAAAAUAUGUAUGCAUGUUUGCAUUCAUGUAGGUACAUAAUAUCUGUAGGUGUAUAUAUUUCUUUUCUAUAUAUAAUAUUUUUUUUAUAUAUUCUUUUCUUCUCGUCUUAUGAGUGAGCGACGUUUUUAUAUUGGAAUUAUAAUUUCAAUAUACUAUAAUGUAUUAUGUAUAUAUCUUUAAUAUAUAAAAAGAGACUAAAUGUUUAAUGAUUAAGGUAAAUGUAUCAAUGACUGGCCAUGACGUAUUACUUGGCCAUUGGUGUUAAUUUUAAUUUUUUUAAGCAUAAUAACGUACUUCAAUCAUUGCACUCUGAUAAUGUUAAACUCUUUAUAACUAACAAAAGCAUUUUCUAAUUAGUACUUUUUUAACACGCAGAAUUUUAAUCAAAUAUAUAAUCCACGAUAUCAAAAUCGUUCUUUACUUUUUUAAAAACACCGACUUGAAUUCUUACAGUUUGAGUGCACAAAAAGUAUAUUCUUUUCAGUUGCUCAAAGUUGUUAUUAUACAACUGCGAUGUUUGCAAAACAUAAUAAUUCUAUUCUAGUAUCCAGCACUGAUAAUGUCUUUUUUAUUGAUUAAUAUAUAUUUUUAAAUAUUUUUUAUCGAGAUUGUUUUGUAAGGUAAUAAUAAUUUACAUACGUAUUAAUUUUAACCGAUCAAACGCUUACAUAUGUAUAUAAUGAGUCGUGUACCAUGUUUCAUAAAAAAAAUAAAAACAAUUGUAUAAUUUAUCCGACUUCAUCAACUUACGCACGUGUCACCUGUUAAUAAGAAGGAAAAUUGUCAAGGUCUUGAUUAAGAAAUAUUCUAUCCAGUUGCCUCUUUUUUAUAACGCAUUACUCGCAAUUUAUGUAUUUAAAAAUACAUAUAGAAUAAGAAAUAGAAAUUAAUUCUGUAAAAUUGUCGCGUGAGUAAAAAUAUGAUUAGUCAUCGUUUCAAUACAGAGAAGGGAAAAUUAUAGGAGGUGGAAAAAUCGUUGAAACGCUAGUCUCGUAAAUAUAUUUGUUCUAUAAAUCAAAAGGUUGAGACUCUAAUGUAUAGAUCACUAUUACUGUGUUUAGAUAAUAAGUGACGUAACAAAUGCGAUGUAUUGCAAAAGCAUUAACGUGCAUCGAUUCUGAAGAAAUUGCGUGCAUUAGCAUAUACGUAUAUCGCAAAGCGUAAACACAUUUUACAUACAUGAUAAUCGCACACCGCUUGAUAUUCCCAUCUUCUCUGCGCACUAUAAACGAACAUUGUAAUUUGUUGAAGUUAUUGGCACAUCAAAUUCAUAAGAUUACUCGUAUUUUGAUAUCCGACGAAUUUGAUAUAUCGAAUUUGAUAAUACCUCAAAUUCUUGCUCGUCGAUUAGCACAAUUUGGCGAUACAUAUAUAACAUUUGUAGUUAUUUCUGUUUGCAGCAAAAGUGAUAGCUAGUACGCAUUGCAUAUACAUAUAAUCAAAUAAAAUUAUGAGCAUUAUAAUUUAUAAU